AGAUGUCACUCUACGAGUUUAACUUUUACUUUAUAUAUAAACGGUCGUGCCACCUUUCCUGGCAUCAUGAGUUCGAUCAUGUCAGUUGACGUCCAACAGUGGUCCUAUAACUUGACGAACUUAAGCGAUAUUAAUCAGACAAUAGAAUCCAAUGUUGAUAUAAAUGAUAGAGUAGAUGUUGCAUCUUAUUCAGCCAUUGUGUGUCUUUCUUUUCUCUUUUUUGUCAUCGGUUCUAUCGGAAUUGUUGGUAAUCUAUUAGUUAUAUACGCUAUACUAAGUGAUAAACGAAUGAGAAGAUCCGUUACAAAUUUACUACUCAUGAAUCUAGCUGUGAGUGAUUUUAUUAAUAUGGUAGUAUGUAUACCGGACAUUAUACAGUUUAUCGAAAAUCAUGGAUGGAGAUUGGGUCUACCAUUGUGUAAAGUACUCCGGUUUACUGAAGUGUUUGCCCUAUACGCAUCUGUCAUGACACUUGUUAGCGUUUGUAUUGAAAGGUAUAUUGCCAUCAUCCACCCGAUCACUGCUCAUAUCCUAUGUUGUAGAGUAAGGAUCUUAAUAAUUAUUGGAUGUAUCUGGCCUUUAGCCAUGGCUUGUGCUUCUCCCAACUUGAUCUUCCACAUUUUGAGCACCGAUCAUCCCGACUUCACACCAUUCUUUCUCCAAGUGACAUUGUACGUAAGAAUAGGAAGAAAGCUCUUCAGACCAGAGGCAUUACGCUCCAUUGAACCUUCCAUAGGUAAGGAAAAUUACGCAGGAACCAUGAAGGCCAGAAGAGGGGUUGUCAAAAUGUUAAUAGCUGGAGUGACUGUGUAUUUUGUCAGUUUCUCUCCCCAUCAGAUUUUAUUGGUUUAUAAUACCUUUUCCAAAACGAAAUUCCAAGAAAAUUGGUCCUUCUUGAUUUUCGUCAAUAUCAUGGCUUACGCAUCGUCCGCUUGUAACCCACUACUUUACAGUAUAUUCUGCCAGAAAUUCAGGCAGAAAUUUCGUAGUGUACUGUUCUGUGGGACAAGCUCAGAUAAAUCACCACCAACAAUAAAUUUAAAGUCGAGAAAUCGUAACAAGAGCAUGAAAACUACGGUUUCUGAAGUCUGAAAACAAAAAUAAAAUAAUUUCACGAAUUUCUGUGCAUGUUUUAAUCUACGUUUGCUUGUUUGAACAUGUCAACACUUCAACCUGGUGCUGAAAUAAAAUUCUAAGUAUCCAAAUUUGUUUUUUCAUUUCACUGAUUUCGAUUUUAUACCACAAUAGAGACCAAUAAACCUCUGAAUGGCGGCCACUGACGGAAACGUAAGAAUAGCCAUUGUUUAGAGGUGGGGUUAUUAGAGAUCCAACUGUAUAACCAA